GAACUCCAUUCUGUCCAUGCACCUAUUUAGCUGAGCUCCUCCAGACUGUAAUAACAAGAACACAUUUCCUGUAUGCUCUGAAGGGAGACACAACUUCACUAUUAAGGUGGGACUUCAAUGCAUUUGUGUGAAGAGGCUUGAGAGUCUCAGACUUCCUGUGUGACUGAGGAGCUGAAAUGCUAGACAAAUUCAAAGAGAGCGUCCUGCUGCAGGUCCUGACUCUGAUCCUGCUCGGCCCGGCCUGCGAAGCCUCUUCUCUGGGCCUGACGGUCCAUGUUGAGCCCCUGGAAAGCGAUGGAGGGAAUACGGUGCGGGCUCAUUUCACCGCCAUCGCUCCCAAUCCCUGCCCAGCGCUGUCUGGACUGUGCUCUGACGGGGAGGAGGACUGUCUGGUCUACCCCACCUCGCUACCUUUGACUGGCACUAAACCAAACUCUGGCUGGUGCGUCCGCCAGUGGCAGAAGACCGUCCCCAGUGAUUACAACGCCACCAUAGAUUUAGGAUCCAACACACAAUUUUUUGUUUCGAUAAAAGCAAGCCCAGUAAUCAGAGCAAACAAUGGAAAACUCAACCAACCGGCUUUUGUCGCUCUCCCUCCUCCGCUAAGGGCCCGUGUGGACUGCUCCCAACACUUCUCUCUGUCGGUGAAAGACCUGGACACGGACAGGGUGAGCUGUCGCUUUGCCCGCGCCGACCUGGGAGAGUGUGUCAGCUGCACUGAGCACUCCUUCAUAGAGCUGGAUAAUAGUAAAUGCAAGUUGAAAUUCACUGGAAAAGCAGCAGCAGGCCAGUAUUUCAUCUACCUGAUGGCAGAGGACCGGAUCGCUAUCCCUAAAAUAAGCGAAGUCAUAGAGAACAAACCCCUCAGCGCGGUCCCUGUGCAUCUCUCUCUCACUGUGGAGGAGUGGGCUUCCAGCUGCAGUGAUGUACCCGUGGCAACAGGAGACACCCCAAAUAAAGACUCCAUGCUGUUUGUCCUGCCGUACCAGCAAGUGAAUUUCACCACUGAUUUCACCUCGAAGCUCGAGAGUGUUUCAGAGAUAGCAGUUGUUGGCCCCCCUGAACUCUUCAGGGUAGGUUUCAAAUCGGUCGGCUCUGUGGCAACCAUGAACAUGGCCUGGGUCCGCUCUGAAAACAAACUGGCCCGACUGUUGCCCAUCUGCUUUGCUGUGAAUACCAAGAGUUUUCAGUCAGAGCCCAGAUGCGUGUGGCUGUACCAAAGAGAGAUGAGGACACUACCUGCUGGAACAGAGUUGACGUGUGAAGAUACAGAGAUGACUUUGGUUCUCCCUCUCGACUCCCUGAGUGAAAUCAACCUAGAAGAGCUGCAGCUCAACAGCCCCACCUGUCCCGUCAGCUACAACAGCACACACCUGACCGCACGCAUCUCUCUGUCUGGCUGUGGCACAGAGACUUUGCAUGCUGGUUCAGAGCUGGUUUACACAAACACCUUGCAAAGUGUGCGUCCUUACACUAUGGUCAGCCGCCUACCCUCCCUCAUCCUCCCGCUGGCCUGCCGGAUUCCUAAAAAAGUGAAUGUUACGGGGCCAAACUACGAAAUGAGCACACCCACAGAAGAGGAGGUUUUCGGUCAGAUCAGGGUUUGGAUAGAAUUGCAUUUUCCAGGAGAGGGACCCUGUCAAAAUUCACAAGAGUCCCGAGAUUUCGCACUCUACGUAUGUCGCCGGGACGUCUGCGUCGAGAAGCAGAAUACCCAUCAGAGAGAAACAGCAACAGCACCUCCACCAGCUCCAUUGAUAACAGCACCUCCACCAACUCUACUAAUAACAGCACCUCCACCAACUCUACUAAUAACAGCACCUCCAAUGAUGACGGCUCAUCCACCAGCACUUCUACCGGAGCCAUGGGUUCCAGGAUCUCCAAGCUGGACCUCCAUGUGCUGUCCAAUUGCAGCAUUAGUCAAGCCGAGAUGUUAGUGAGCAAUUGUUAUGAGUCUGAGACAGAGGACUUUGCAACAUCAAGCCCCAUUCUGGAGCAAGGGUGUACAUCUUCCAGCAGCACAUUAGAGAUUGUUACAUCUCAAACCAAUUCCAGGGUUUACCGCCUUGAUUUGAGCACAGUGGAAGCCCAAGGAACAUCGAUGUACAUCCAGUGCACAGUCAAUCUGUGCAUUGCCACCAUGCCCUCUGAAGAAUGUCCUGAUCUGUGUUCUCGCUCCUUUAAUAGCAGAUCGGUAGUUAGCAGUUUGUUUACCAAAAGCUACACCAUUCAAUCAUCCCCCAUUAGCCUUGUGGUCACGACUGCUGCACCAACCACAACAACCGUCAAGGGUCCUACCACCACUAAAAAGACCACUACUACAACCACUAAAAAGACCACUACAACCACUACAACCACUACUACGACCACUACUGGAACUGUAACAAAAACCACAUGCUCACAUGCUCCAGAACAGGCCUCAGCUUUGGCAGCAGGAGUCAUUUUAACAACUAUGAGCAUAUUCCUUCAAAAUAUCUUCCUUUACUGAACAUGCUGCUGGGUGAUAAUCUGUCAUAAUAUGAAGUAUAUAGAACAACACGUGUUGUCUAUACUGUACACCAGACUACUGUAUGUUAUCCUAAUCCUAAUUUUCUGAGCUUUUAUUGGCCACUGUUGCUCACUAAUCACAAACAUUUUAGAAAAACAUUUACUAAAACUCUAAUAAAAUCAGACACUUGGACCUGAGAUUAAGAUCCAAAAUUGUGCAUUUUGUCAUAGUCCUAACAAAUGUUUGAGACUCCAAAUGUGUGCUUACUGUUGUGUGAUGUGCACCCCUAUUUAACUUCAAAAAGAAAAAUAUCUUUUUUUUUCUAUAAUUAAUUGUUGGUUCUGUAUUAAACUGAGAUUCAUAUUUUAUGUUUUUCUUUUGUGGCAAAGCUGUCCAGUCUUGUGGUCAGUUAGACAUCCAGGAAUGUUGCAGCAAACAGUAAAAGGAACUAGUUAGAACAAAACAAUAGUAUUUUUGGAGCACAUAGUAUGUAACCAUAUUUUUAUACUUUAUUAUAUUAGCUGCAACAAGCAGCUAUCUCGCUCUGUGUUUUUGUUGGCUGACAAUAACAUCCCCAUGGUACCAUAGGAGGCUGACAUUUGGUAUGGAGAAAGGGUUACAAUGACACUAAAUCUCAGUUUCAGUGGAAAACACUGAUUAUGAGACUGGUGCUGAAACUCUAUGACAAACUGUAUUCAACAGAGAACUGUGCUUAUUCUACUGUAAGUGUUACAAUUAUGACAGGUUUCAGGAUUAAUAUAACUGUGAUAUUUAUUUUUUAAAUUAUAUCAUGUUAAUGAUACACAUAUAACUAGAUUGUGUAAUUAAACCAGCGCCUCUUAAAUCUUUUCUGUUUUUGUUCCUUACAGUACCGUUUUUGUUCCCCCUACCACAACGCCCGACGCACAAAUGAGUGUUAUACAUUUGACAUAAAAGAACAAAAUGCACAAUAAACUAAUAUACAGAUGAAUUUCA